GCAUGACAAUUUCCAGUAGCAUCGAUUUUACCCACACACACACGUCACAAAUUUAAAGCUCAACAAAAGUGCUUUUAAGUGGUCUUGGGGUUGUUGUAUGUUUGGACCGACCGUUGGGCGGAACCUGUGUUUGGGAUGAGAUUGAGCGGAGGAAUUUUUCUUUGACGCACAUGUCCACAGCACGUGGCUUUUUUUGGUUAGCUGUUUGUCUCUGCAUAUGUUCUGAGCGGUAGCGUGGAUCCCAUUUUUGUAACCCUUUAUUUUUGAACGCCGGUACUGGAUUUUGGAGUUUGUGAUGUUUUGCAUCAUUGGUAAAGCGGAGCGAGCUCCCGUAUUUGCCGUAUGCAGCCGAACGGCGAGCUUCUGCCAGAGAGACAGGUGGUGGAGUGGUUCGUCCAGAUCGCGAUGGUCCUGCAGUACGUCAUCAAGAAGCUGAACCUGAGAACAUCGUCAAAGCGAGAACGCCGGGCGGCUGAACAGGAAGCUCAGCUGCUCUCACAGCUCAAACAUCCCAAUAUCGUCACCUACCGGGAAUCAUGGGAAGGAAAGGACCAUCAGCUUUAUAUCGUCAUGGGCUUCUGUGAGGGAGGAGACCUGUAUCACAGGCUUAAGCAGCAGAAGAAUGAGCUUCUGCCAGAGAGACAGGUGGUUGAGUGGUUUGUGCAGAUCGCGAUGGCCCUGCAGUAUUUACACGAGAAACACAUCUUGCACCGAGACCUGAAAACGCAGAACAUCUUCCUGACUAAGACCAACAUUAUUAAAGUGGGAGAUCUGGGCAUCGCGCGGGUUCUGGAGAAUCAGAACGACAUGGCCAGCACCCUGAUUGGAACACCUUAUUACAUGAGCCCUGAGCUUUUCUCCAACAAGCCAUACAACUACAAGUCGGAUGUUUGGGCUCUGGGAUGCUGCGUGUAUGAGAUGGCGACUCUGAAACACGCCUUCAAUGCAAAAGACAUGAACUCGCUUGUGUACCGCAUUGUAGAGGGAAAGUUGCCUCAGAUGCCGAGUAAGUAUGAUCCUCAGCUCGGAUACCUGAUCAGGCGCAUGCUGUGUAAGAGACCAGACGACAGGCCUGAUGUUAAACACAUUCUGCGGCAGCCCUACAUCAAACAGCAGAUCGCCGUCUUCCUGGAGGCCACCAAAGAGAAAACUGCCAAAUCCCGAAAGAAAGUAAACAGCAGGCCUAGCAGAGACGCACCUGAAGUGCCUGUUCUUCAAAAGCAGGAGUCCCAGUAUGUCAACUCUGAGCUGAAAAGCAGAGGAAACAGGUCAGAUGAAAACUGCUCCCAACACUCCAAAACUCAAAAUGGCACUAAGGAUGUUAAUCCUCUCCCAACCCCACCCCAGUCCCCAAACACCCCAAGUCAGGAAAUCCUGAACUCAACCAGCCAGAAUAUAGCAACCAUCAGCAACAUUGACAUUCAGCUUCAGGAGCAUGUAGACAAGCUCAGGAAAGCGAAACCGCCUCGACCGGCAGCCAAACAGACAGAGAAAGAGGAGAAGAAGAAAAAGGAUGAUGCCGUUCCUCAGCCACACCCCAGAAAACAAGUAUCAGGUGUCCUUAUGGGCAAGUAUGAACCCCCUUUGGUUUCAAAGAGUUCGAGAGGAACAAUGCCGUCGAAACACACAGAGAGAAUUGAACCUGUAAAAGACAGUAGAGGUCUAAAUCUUAACAUGUCUGCAGAGGAGGACACUUUGAAACUGCUGCAGCAGGCAGCGAAGGAGGACAUAAAAACAGACAAGCAGGACAUCCGAGAGGCCAAAGAAGUCCAAAAAACAGAGGCAGAAUAUUGUUUAGAAGACAAAGGGACUAGUUUGGAAUCUACUGAUAAGCUGCUUGAGCCUUUUGUUCUAGUGGAGCUGAUGGAGCCUCACACUCCAAAACCACUUGCAUCUCUUUCGGAAAACAGCAAGUCUCCUCUUCAUCCUCUUUCCUCUUUAUCUGAGCCAUCCCUGUCCCGUCAGCAUAGACAGAAAAAGGGAGAGGUGGCCCGUGAGGAGAGCAAAAUAAAAGCAGCCAAUUCCAGGCCUCUGCCUCCACUUCCUGAAAUCAUUCCAUCUGUAGGCAUAAAUAGGAUAGAAGGAGGUGAAGCUGAGAUGGUUAAACACCCUCCACACUCACAAGCUGAUCACCAGCAUGAACCUGCACCACAGAAUCGGCCUCUGUCUGCCCGAGAGAGGAGGCGGCUGAGGAAGUCACAGGAAAACCAGAGUGUAUCAGCAGCUCCUGUUGUCAGAAGUGCGUCGUGUGAUGGUGUCUCGUUAAAUACCAAGCACACAGACCAUCUUGAUUGCCCGAGACCUGCCAGUGUAGCUGCUGUAACACACAAGGAGCCUCACACUCCAGAGCCACUCGCCUCUCCUUCGGAAAACAGCAAGUCUCCUCUCCAUCCUCUUUCCUCUUUCUCUGAGCCAUCCCUGUCUCGUCAGAGUAGACAGAAAAAGGGAGAGGUGGCCCAUGAGGAGAGCAAAAUGAAAGCAGCCAAUUCCAGGCCUCUGCCUCCACUUUCUGAAAACUAUCCAUCUGUAGGCAUAAAUAGGAUAGAAGGAGGUGAAGCUGAGAUGGUUAAACACCCUCCACACUCACAAGCUGAUCACCAGCAUGAACCUGCACCACAGAAUCGGCCUCUGUCUGCCCGAGAGAGGAGGCGACUGAGAAAGUCACAGGAAAACCAGAGUGUAUCAGCAGCUCCUGUUGUCAGAAGUGCGUCGUGUGAUGGUGCCUCGUUAAAUGCAAAGCACACAGACCAUCUUGAUUGCCCGAGACCUGCCAGUGUAGCUGCUGUAACACACAAGGAGAAAAAAUCAUCAUGGCAUCACUCGGAUGAGGAAGAGUGCAGCUCAUCCACCAGCUCCACAGAGCGCUCAGAGGGAGACUAUAGAGAAGGCAAAAGUGAGAGCAACGAGAUGCAAGACCUGGUCCAGAUGAUGACGCAGACGUUACGAAUGGACGUCCGAGACCCCCUGUGCGAGCAGCAAAGCUCUCGGUCCAACUCGACCAUGCUGCCCGAGUUCAAACUGAACAGGAAGUACCGAGACACGCUGAUGCUCCAUGGGAAAAGUGGAGAGGGAGACGGCGACUUCCAUCUCAGUGACUUGCGCUCAGAUGACUCAUCGGGGCCGGCUAAGAUCAGGAGAGCCGUGGAGCAUUUGCGCACAGACGUGGUUAAAGGACUCGGGGUGAAACUGCUAGACAAAGUCCUGGACAUCAUGCAGGAGGAUGACGAGGAUAAACGAGAGGUCAUGCUACGGCAACAGAUGGGGGACGAGAAGUACAAAGCGUUCGCAGUUAAAGUGUGGCAACUCAAAUUCUUCGAGGACGUCGCGUUAAAAUGCUGAGCAAACACUGAUCAUGACUCUGCUAAAGACAGUUGACUUUUACGGUUAUACACUAUAUGGACAAAAGUUUGUGGACACCUGAUCAUAAGAUACCUUUGUGCUUUGUUAACAUCCCAUUCCAUAUUUAGUUCCUAUUACUUCUAUAAUACCUCCACUCUUCUGGGAAGA